AGCUUCCAGAACACUGAGAGAGGGAGAGAGAGAGGGGGGGGGGGUGGAGCGCGCCUGUGGGACGGGGGCGCGCCAAGCAGUGUGCAGAUGUGUCGCAGAUUUGUAAAGUCACUGGAGGCACGGAAAGCUCCGGCGUAAGGAAGUAGAUCUGGAUAAAUGGGCCCUAAACUGUGAGGAAAACACGGCGGCAGCGGGGGAAGCGGGCAGGAGCGGACGGAGGCACCGCUGUCACUAACAGUUAGCUUAGUUGGUACCGGAGAAGACGCCACUUUGACAGUUGUAACGGCCGCCGCCGCGGAGAUGGAGCUGUCGGCGAUCGGCGAGCAAGUGUUCGCUGUGGAAUCAAUCGUGAAGAAAAGAGUUAGAAAGGGGAAUGUGGAGUAUCUGCUGAAGUGGAAAGGGUGGCCUCCAAAAUACAGCACAUGGGAACCUGAGGAACACAUUCUGGACCAGCGCCUGGUGCAAGCCUAUGAGGAGAAAGAACAGAGAGACCGAGCUCUGGGACACAGGAGGAGAGGAUCGAAAGCCAAAAGGCUCCUUCUACAGGAUACCAUCUACACCAUGGACCUCCGCAGCGCCCACAAGGCCCCAGAGAAGCCCCUGCCUAGCCUGCGUCUCUCCCUGACCCGCUCGCUGGUUCCCGAGGACGAGCAUCAGCCAUACGACUCCUGCAGACGGAUCCUCCCUCCCCGCCUGGCGCACCACAAAAACAAACCCAGGACGUCGCAGUUCAGCUGCUUUAACUCAGACCCUCCGACGCCGACGCAAGAGGACUGGGAAGGCCAGGAAGAGGAGGAGGAGGUUGAGGAGGACAGGGAAGAAGAAGAGGAAGAACAAGAGGAGGAGGAUAAGGAGGAGGAGGAGGAGCAAGAGGAAGCCCAGAGGGAGACGAGGAUGGAGAUGAGCGGCGGCGUUCUGAAUGGACAGAAGAGGGCAGAGGAGUGGAGCUCUGAGACGGGACCAGACGAGGUCGCUGCGGCGGAGAGGCCGGACGUCUGGAGGCCCGUCCUCAGUCCGGGGGAGGUGACAGUCACCGACGUCACCAUCAACUCCCUCACAGUGACUUUCCGCGAGGCGCUGGUUGCCAAAGGCUUCUUCAGAAACUGGGGCCUGGAGGUCUGAAACACGAUGGUGCCGGGGUGAGACGGGGGGUCGGAGGCAAGAGUGUGUGAACGGCCGCCAAGGGCCGGUGUUGAUGUUUUCAUUCCCUCUGUGUGACCUCUCUCUCACUCUGCUCGUCCCGCUUCUUCCAGCCACUUGCGGGCUGCUCAGCGGCUGCGUUCACAUGCACAGAGAAACCCAGUUCAAUUCCCAUUCACAGCUAAUUUGGGUUAAGUUGCUCACAUGCAGCUUUGAUAAUCUGCGACUUAACAACAAAGGCAUGAAAAAAUCUCUCACUUUUAUUUACCUCUACCUGCGUAAUAUGUCCCUAAGCAACACGCACGCCACCGUCUUGCUGAUUUAUUAUUUUAUUUCCACUUCCAGCGCACUUUGUAGCAUGGGAUCUGAAUGAAAUUGGUCGGUUUUGACUGAAAAAAAAAAACACAGGUUGUCAUUUUUUUUCCUCUUUGCAGUUAAUUUUAAUACAAGGGCAGUAAGUAUACCCAUUGUUUACUCAGACUGCAAUUUAUCCACACUAGUUAGUACCUUUGAUAUGAAAUCCAGCAAUGAGAAGCUCUGAAAAGGGGCGGGGCACAUACAGCGAGUAAGUGAACAAGAAAAGGCAAGCGUGUUCAGUAGGAGGGUGGAUUAAUUCCAGAAACAACUCCGUUCGACUUUCUUUCUCUUUUCAUUAUUCUGUGUAAUCUUUUAAAUCUUACAAACAGAGCCAGUACAAAAAGAAAAACCUGGUCUCAGCACACAGAGCAGAAAGAUUGGAAAGACUGAAAAGAAUUAUAAAAAUAUGAAGAAGAACACCGAAAAAAAAGUUCUUGUUUGGACUGAUCAGUUGGAGUUUGCUUUUUUUUCUGCAGCAGGGAUGCUCCUCUCUUCAUCCAAGAAACUGCAGCAUCGACAGCUCGCUGUGGCCUGUAAUUGACACAAAUAAUAAAGUCCAAUUUUCCCAACUGAGACUAAAUUAAAUCAUCUGAUUAGAGCAGAGAGAGGACAGAAACGUCCAGCGAGGAGGUAAAUUAAUCACUGGGACAAUCCUACUGCUUUGUUAUUUGCUUUGAUGGCUCAAGAAGGAUUUGCCUUGUAAAGUGGGUCACUCGCUCGUAGAAUUGUCUUCCGUUGCUCUGAUGUUGACCAAAAAAAUUCAAGUGUGUGUGUGUGUGAGUGUGUGUGUGUGUAGCUGGCUUCUCGUAAUUCAAGUGGUAGGGUAGAGUUGUGGUUCCAAAGCAGAGUUUGGGCCAGAAAGUGAAUUUUAAAGGCAAACAUCUCUGCACCUGGCGAUCUAUCAAGUUCUGUCAGCGAAAGGACUUUAAAGCACCUUAAAGCAAAACUGAUCUUUGGCAGGUGGUUGUUUUGUCUCGUAGCUCAGAACAGCUCCCACAAUAACACUUUAAAGCACAGAAAUAAACACAAACAAAACAAAUUAUCAAUAUAAAAAACAAAUUCUGGUCACCAUUAGUAAGUACAAGUAUUGCAAAAAUACUGUACUAAGUUGUUUCUUCCUGGCGCAAGGUCACUGCAUGGAAGUUUCCUGUAGACACGACCUGCCGGAUCUACUUUCCAGUUCACAUAAGAAAAUAACAAGAUAAGAAACAUUUAAUUUCCUUAAGGACUUGUUUUAUAUAUUCUUAUAUUCCACUUUGUUAGUGUUUGUUUAUGUGCUACAAGUGUCGUUUUUGGACCGUUUUUCCUACGGACGUGAGUGGAGAGAUACAAAUGAGGGAACUAGACAUCCAAACAGAAUUUCAGUUUUGCUGUAAAUUCCCCCAGAAAUGACCUCAUAUGACCUCUACUUCCUGUUGAACAGGGUAUUUUAAAUAGUGACAUCAUCCUGCACUGGUGGGCGCUCGUUAGAAUUUCAACCAAUAAAACCUUGGCAAAUCUUUAAACAUCUUUCCUCAUCCACCUGUACUCCCUCUCCCAAACUGAGAUCCUGUUGAUUUGCACUUGUGAGCGAUCCUCCCCCGCACCGUGUCCCGCGUGAACUUCCUGUUUCAACAGGAAAUACAUCAAAUAAAGAAAGUCAGAAUCCAUUGCAGGGGGGUCUCUGAAGCAGAUGUCAGAAUAUUCCUGUCCACCUGUGGCUGUCCGUCUUUGCCUGAGUUACUUCUUAAACCAGCAAAAGAACUUAGGAUCCCAGUCGGAAUAACAGUUAUUAUUCUAAUAAUUACUUAAUAAUUAAUAACAGUAAUAAUAAUAUUAACUGCCCGGUGCCGUGUUUUUUUUGUUUACUUGUUUUGUUUUACAUCAAAUUAUGCCUGUAGCCCUGCGUCUGAGUUUGUGCAGGGAAGUCAAAAGUGAAAGCAGUAAUCUGUUUAAUAUAGGAAACAAAAGAGAAUACUUAACUGUUUUUUUUUUUGUUUUUUUUAAUUCAGAGGAUGAGCUCAUGUGUGUGUUUUGAACCUGCUCUGAAGGGGAUUGUCUGUGCAUGUGAGCGCAGCCGCUGGCUCCUGUCUCUCUUCCACACUACGGCUUACCGUUCAAGACCGGACUCGAGUGUAUUGUACAUAACUCUAUAAAUAUACAGUGAGGUGAGCAUAGCUGUCGGUCCUAUACUAACAUGCAGUGCUAGUACCUGUAACCCGUACAAAAAAAAAACAAAACAGAAUAACACAUAGACUGUUAGGACUGUACAACACGUGGCUUAGUCUUGUAUGCGUUUCAAAAUCCUCCGAGAGAAGGCUUGAUGCGCCUGCAUGCCUGUCCCCGCCCGUACAGCUGCACCAGCGCACCGGCGUACCAUCCUCCGUGUCCACCUCCCAGGUCCUGUCCUUCAACACAAAGCGUGGUGUGUGUGUGUGAGACCGUGAGAGGGAAACCUGAACAUUGCACCAAACAUGGAGAAAACUCGAUUGUGAGUCUUGAGAACUGAACUAUGGAAUUGCACUGUCAUAUUUACAUUGUAAGGGUUGUGUGUCCACCAGGAGCUGCUCCUCCAGGGUUCGACCGGCUCUUACCAACAUUGAUAUUUUAGGGCUGAAGUCACUGACAGUCAAUAUUUUGCCCCAAUAUUCAAUAUCAAAAAUUGCAUGUGACUGAGCUCUACUCUGGUCAGGGUGGAAAAGCCUCUGAGAGAGCAUUUAGGAAGUCAAAGGCAUAGGCUUGGGCGAUAUCCAAAACAUAAUUUUGCAAUAUUGUGGCUUUGAAAUAUCACCGUAUUUGAUAUUAUCACGUCAUUUUAUGUUAUUCUGAAUUAUUCUUCUUCAAAUUUCCUAUAUUUAAAAUUCUGUAAGUAACUUUUUUCUGCACAAUUUUGACAAAUCACCAAGACCAAUCAUCAAAAAAAAAAAAAAAAAAAAAAAACAUCUGUUCUGUUACCGGAGCUGUAAUCUCAUUUGGUAAAAAAACGGCCUGGUACGGAUCAAAGAACCAGUCACCUCUCAAGGAGGCGGCGCUCUGCAGCGUUAACAACACAAAAGCUUGAAAUGUUGCAUGUGCACAAACUGCAAAUCAGUCAAAAGUGUCGUGUGUGACCAGAAUUCCCCCCUGUACACUUUUACUGUAGUGGUGCAUCUUUUCACAUCCUAUCAACAGGUGGUUUGCCACUGGCCGCAACAAACAUUUUUAAUCAAACACAAGUUAAAUGAUACAAUAAGCCUGAAACAAAAAUCAAUAUUAAAUCAAAGAAGCUCUUAAGUGCACAAACCACAAAAAAUAUUUAGUUAUCCUGUUAUAACUGGACGUUAAAUAACUACAGUGACCGAUGCAGAUACUUGAAACUUACCUUUGAGAAUAAGGGCGUCAGAAUAAGUAGGCUUGUCUUGUAUAGUCAUUCUGCUUUGUCAUAUUUGCAUUUGGCUGCAAAUAUCAUGAUACUCAAUAUUAUCAGUUAUCGGCCCAAGCCUCCAUGGGAUACUAAAACUCCCCAUUUAAAUUCAGACUAAUGA